AUGAAUCAGCUCAAGACAAAAUUGUCGCGUACCAUAUUCCAGCGGAAAUAUUCGGAUGGCAAACGAACACAAGAACAUUCGAUUUCCUCUAGCGACAAUUCAAAUAUUGCCUCGACAACUAAUCGAGUGAAAACCGAUUCAAACUCAUUUACAAGUGAGGCUUUUCUCGAUUGGGAAAAAACAGUUUACAGUCAUGACUGGUCGAUUCCCUUCAAACAUGAAGAACUAUUAGGUCAAUGCCUUUUGUCGGCUACCACACUUGCUCACGCCGGUAUCGCUGAUCAAAAUGAAAAUUGCAAAAGAUUCAUGGAAUUUCUGAUUCCGGAUACCGUUAAAAAGGCACGAUAUCGACAAUUGUUCAGUAAGGAAAUCGAUCAAGUCCUUGAUUAUAUAGAAGAUAUGAAUGAAGAAAAUUUCAAAGAGAACUCAAUAAAUGACGCGUUUGAACUAUUAUCUAUUCUACGAAAAAUCUAUUCGUCUGCUCGGUCAAAUUGUGUUGAACAUGUCAACAAAGUGUAUUUGAAUCUUAUUCUAAAAAUGGUCACUCUAUCGAAUUUCGAUGCCAAAAUGAAUUCAUUAAACGAACUCGCUAAAAUCAUCGAAGAUAGUAUAUUGAUUCCACAUAAUGUAAUCACCAAAUAUAUUAUAAAAAAUUCAAUCCUAUGGAAAGUACUCGAAGGAAAUAUCGAUCAAAAGCAGUACAUGGGAAAAGUACGAAUAUUAAUGGAUUUUAUUGCACCACACAUCUCGAAAGAAGAAAUUGAAAAGAUCUGGAAAAUGCAGCAUGGUCGGUCAUUUGUGAGUGUCGUUCAUCUAUUCACAUUGAUCACCAGUGCAGCAGCAAAAUUCAAUUUAGAACAAAUCAACCAUUUGAUUGGUUGUAUCUAUAAGUCAUGGAAAAUAGAAACGGCAUCUGCUCAAGAGAAACUUAUCGUAUUGUUGAGUGUAAUUGGACGUCAAUGUAAACAAGAAUCGAUUGGUCGGGUCUUGGAAAGCUUAUGGAUCAUGGCACACGAAAAUGGUCUCAGUCGAUCGAUGCUCGAUCGUCUUCUUCGUAAGCGACGCAUCUCGGACCUGGAUCCGUUUUAUCUUUCUCCUAUAGGCAAUGCUUGCCUCAAACUAUAUGAUGAAAACUGCAGACAAUCACUGAAACCGACCUUGGAUUCUAACGCAUCGUCGACCUAUUCAAUUAUUAAAAGAGAUCUGAAUUCAUUGAUUGGCAUUCAUCAAGGUGAUUUAACAGCAGAACAAACCGAUAUUAUCGUUCAAACUCCAGAAAGAAAACCAAUAUCAAUGACAAUUGCAAAAGGAACUGUGGAAAUUCAAAUCGGAGAUAUAAUAGCACAAAAGGUUGAUGUUAUUGUUGGAAGCUCAUCAUCGCACAUCUUAAAAAGAGCAAUAAUGAAUGCGGCUGGUAGUGACGUUCAAAUGGCAUAUGCAAAAGAAUAUAAAAGUAAUCCAGAUUCAUUAACACUUUCGAUUUCAUCUGGUCAACUACCUUGCAAACGAAUAUUUUUUGUCAAAUGGGAGCCCAACACCGAUAAAGAAGUUCUUCAACAAUCAAUUGUUGACUUAGUAUGGAAUGUUAUUCAAAAUAUCAUUUUGUAUAAAUUUACUUCGGUUGCAUUUCCAGCUAUUGGAUGCGGAAAGCAUGGCUGUUCCAAAGAGAUUUUAGUCAAGACAAUGGUUAGAGAAAUCAAAAAUCAACUUAAGAUGAGAAAUUUACCACUGACAGUAAAAUUCGUGAUAGAACCCGAACAACCAGAGAUCUAUGAUGAAUUUUGUAAGCAAGUGUUGUCAUCACAAGAAGAUCUUUCGACCUCAAAUAGCCAUGAAUUACCUUCAACAUGGGUACAAUCAACAGAAAAUAGAAAUAAUCAAUGUCGUGUAAAUCAUUCAGCCCGUGAGUGA